GCUGUCAGUGUCUUUGGGUUGGGCUCAGAGGCUGCACCCUGCCAUGGACUCCUCAAUUUAGACUCUCCAGCGCCUGCUGACUCCCGCAGCCCAGCACACAGCCAAACAUGGAGCUUCAAGAUGGAACCGCUGCUUGUUCGGUAACACAGCCCCUGCCAGAGAAAAGACCCCUGCAAGCCCCGGAGACGACCGCCCUGAGUGCUGGGGAUGGAUUGGAGCGAGUUGCUGCAGCUGGGGAGCCUGUAUCCCGAACUUGCUUCACUGACCGCUGAGCCUGACCUGCCCGUGUGCGCCGAGCUGAAGGAGGAGAGGCAACUGGGAGGAAGGGGCGGCUUCGUGCUCUGUUCUGACACCCAAAGCAUUUCCGAGAUGGAAUGGAUGGGAGAGAAGAUGGAUGUACAUCUCUUGGACAGUCUGAUCGAGGAUGCCCCAGUGACCUCAAAAGAUCUGCUACACGUGGUUGAGAAGACUUUGAAAUUCCAGGCUGAUGUCACAUCCACUACACAGAGUUCAGCUGCAACUCAUGUUCAGCCUAAAGGAGGAGGGCGGCUCCAGGGCCCAUCGGUCUCAAGCGAUCAAGUGGCGCCCUGUACACCUCCUCUAUCCCCACACUUUGCCACACAGCCUGCCACGGUGGCCUCUUCCCAUGCCAGCUGGUUCUCUGCAGGCCAGCCGACAGAAGUUCUGGAACUUCCCUAUGAAUCCGUGUUGCUGCUGGAUGGUUUAGUUGCUCCCUCUGGCAGUGAGGAUAAUGGGAUGGAUUCGGAGUGCGAUGAUGCUAAAUUGGUGACCAUCCCUGGAGCUGUGCCUUGGCAAGAGCUCCCGGAGCCUCCCGCCAACAUCCCACUCUGCAUCAUGAGCCAAAACGGCUCGCUGGUGGAGAAGGCCGCGGUGCCCUCCUCUUCCUCCCCGGGCUCCAAGUGCACUGUCAACCGAAAGCACAGGAAGAAGGAGCAGAACAAAAACGCAGCCACGAGGUACCGGGAGAAGAAGAGAGCACAGAGGGCGGCACUGGAAGUCGAGCUGCUCCAGCUGGAGGACACAAACAGAGAGCUGAAGGAGAAGGUGGCCUCACUGGCCACAGAGAUCCAGUGCCUGGAAGCACUGUUAGAGGAGGUACAGAGCGCUGGAGAGGAGAAGAGUGUGGUGUUUUCCAAACCACAGCAGACCAAGAGCUGAGCCAUAGCUGAAGGUCACAGCAGAUCAAUGAAAUGUGCUAUCUUGGUCGAACGUGGUUAUUGCAUGGCUCCUCGGAAUAACCGAGUAUUAAUAUUCUAGUACUUCCCGCGGGACUUUUAAUUGUCCCUCUCCAAUGCAAGCUUUCAAAUCAUGUGACAAAGGACUCCGUCAUGUGCUUUUACAGGAUGCCUGUGGACCUUGUGCUGUUGAAAAGUAUUUUGGUCAGUAACCAGCUCUAUUCCAAUUACAUGUGUAAUAGGCACUACAUGUAUUACAUGUGUAAUGUUUCCAACCUACCUUUCUCACUAGUGUUGGCUCCAAUACACAUUUGAAACUGUUUGUCUUGCUGUCUCAUGGGUAUUACCAAUUGGUGCAACAUACUUAGUAACAAGUCACAUGUACUUGAAGCUCUCCAAAAUAACUGAAAAAAUGUAUACAGAACUAGAAUGUUUGCUAGUGAGUUCAGAUCUUCAAAAAAUCACCUCAGUGCAGCUGUAGCGCUCUUACACAAAUGUUUUAUUGCUGUAUUACUGUGGAAGCCAGUCCUCUAGUGUGAUAAUCUGUUGCUUGUGUUGCCAGAAUCAGGGGAGCAGCCUGUAACAUUAGUAUUCUCUUGAUCUUUAUCCUGGGACAUCAGUUGCUUUCUCAGUG